GAAAAAAAAACCCUCUCUCUAUUUUCCCCUUCGGUGGUUCCUUCCCUGGUCGCGGUGCAAAUGGAUGUGACAAAGUGUUAAAAGCUUUUCCAAUGACCGCUCCUGGCGCGCUCUGCUCGAAGGGCUUGCAAGACUCAGAGAAUGGCCAUGGUCUCUUCAACGUCCUGGGUCCUGUAUUUGUGGAUAAGUGCAUGUGCCAUGCUGCUCUGUCAGGGCUCCCUCCACCACACCUUCCAGCAGCAUCACCUGCACAGACCAGAAGGAGGAACAUGCGAAGUUAUAGCUGCACAUAGAUGUUGUAAUAAGAAUCGGAUCGAGGAGAGAUCACAAACAGUAAAAUGCUCCUGUCUACCUGGGAAAGUGGCUGGCACGACGCGGAACAGACCAUCGUGCGUUGACGCAUCCAUAGUUAUUGGGAAAUGGUGGUGCGAGAUGGAGCCCUGCCUAGAGGGUGAGGAAUGCAAGACAUUACCGGACAAUUCAGGAUGGAUGUGUGCAACUGGCAAUAAAGUCAAGACCACCAGAAUUCAUCCGAGAACCUAACAAAAAAAAUCUUCUGACAGCAGCCAGUGAAGGAUCCCCCUGAUAGUCAAGAGGACAAAGAACCUUUAAACUUUAAACCAUCUCCAGCUUUCACAGGCCAAAUGGGAUUUUUUUUUUAAUUUGCACUUUAACUCUGUACCAGAGGAAACUACAGUGGCUUUACUUAAAUGGAGUUAAAUACCCUAGGAAAAUAACGCACCAGAUCUGGCAGCAAUGGCAUAAAAACUGCGAGAGUGUGUGAAGAGGAAGAGAAGCAGUUCUUUAAGAGCAAAUUUGAUCAUUUGAAGAUAUGAGCAACAGUCAUAUUAGUGUGGAUUUACAGUUUCUUCUUUGUACCACUUUAAAAAUAUAUACAUAUAUUAAGGUAUUUUGAAAUAAAGUCUGACUCUCUGAGAAACUAAGCAGAACCACACUUUACUGCAACUGCUUUCUAACUGUUUGGUUUUGAGGGGUUUUUGAUUUUGCGUUUUGGAAAAAAAUAGUAAGGAAGAAGAAGAAGAAAGGAGACAACAGAAAGAGGAUAGUGACCAUGAUGUCUACUUAUAUAAGGACUGAAGUUUGUUCUUCUUUAAAAUUAUGAUUACGAUUCUUUCAACUGGACAUUCAACUCCAUUUUCUUGUGUUCUGGAGUCCUUUUCCUUUUUCUUUUCAUGGAACAUUAGCAUGCUGGCUUUGCUUACAUUAAACAUACUUUAUACUUAAUUGCUAUGUAACACCACCAGUUCUACCCUCUUCCAAGGACAUCUUUUGGAGCAAUUAGCUGUCCCAGAAAUAAGGAAACGACUCCGUCCCAGCAUUUUAAAAAGGCACAGUCUCCAUUUGGACAUUUCUUUGGCAGACUUUUGGUAGACUGUGGGCAACCUUAUUAAAGAUGCAGUGUACAGAUCAUUGUCUACAGACUUUGUAUAGCUGGCAUAGACAACUCUAGUAAAAAACAAAAAAACAAAAAAUGCUGAUUGCUAAAUUCAA